AUGGAUAUGCCUACCAUUGAUGUGGACCUUGGGCCUGAGAAGCUUGAAGAUGAGAAACAGGGAGGUCCCUUGUUGCAUUGUGAUCUUUGUGAUACAGAAGUAAUUCACAAGUUGGCUCAAAUGUUCCUGCCAGGUCUAGCCAGUGCUUGUGUUGAUAACACAUCAGGAGGUCUCUUUAAGACUCCUGGUUCAGUGGCUGUUGAUAUGAGGAAGGAGAUGAUAGAGUAUCUGACCCAAAGAAGUGAAUCGUUUGUUGCUGAGUCUGUUAUUUUGGAAGGUGGUCCAGAUGGUGAAGUAUCAGACCAUCCUUAUGAUAUCAUUUCCAAUUUAGUUGAUGACUUUGCAAGUUCAAAGAGAAAUUUUUUAAGCCGGGUUUCAGGAUGGCUUCUGAGUGAAACAAGGGAAGACAAAAUAGAUGAUUUUGUUCAAGACAUGGAAAUGAAUGGGUUUUGGACACAUGAAAGGAGAGAAACAGUUGCAGAAACUCUACUCAAGAAUGUUGACUAUGAGAACUCAUAUCACUGCAACAUGAGUUUUAAUUCUGCAGAAGAUCUUGCCAAUCAUAUUGAUAGUUGCAACUUUAGAUCUAUGAUAUGUGAAAAUGAGGGAUGCAAUUCAAAAUUUUGUGCAUCUCAUUUAGAAAAGCAUGAUUCAAGUUGUCCUUUCAAGAUAAUUCCCUGUGAACAAAAGUGUUCUGCUAACAUUAUGAGACGUGACAUGGACAGACAUUGCAUAACUGUUUGUCCAAUGAAGCUUGUAAAAUGUCCCUUUUAUGCCAUUGGUUGUCGUUCCGCCGUUGCACAAUGCAUGAUUGAAAUACAUCGCUCAGAUGAUAUCAAUUCUCACUUGUGGCACUUCCUUAAAGGGAUCUACAAAGAAGCAUCUGGGGAUGAUCUUAAUCGACGAGUGGAGCAAAUUGUACAGGCAUCACCAAACAACCGUUUAGCAGGGGCUAGAGAUGUUAGAUCUUUGAACUAUGUUGUCAAGGAUAUUGAAGCUAAGUUAGGACCUUUCGAAGUGACUAUUGUGGAGAAAGAUAAUGUGGAAAAUGAUGGCAAGAAUGAUGAAGGGGAAGGUGGUGAGACUAAUAUGAACAACAGUGAAAAGAGCACAAAUGCUUUAGAUAUAGUUAAUUCAUCAGAUAAAGUUGAAGUGAGUGAGACAGAGAAUACAAGUGCAAAUAAAACUGUCGAAAAUGAAGAUAGUAAACUUGCUGAAAAUAAAAAUCAUGAAGAGAGGACACAAACUUCGAAUAUGACAGAUUUAUCAAAUGAAGUUGAUAUUUUGAAUGAUGAGAACAAAGAUGCUGCAACUAGUAAAUUACAAAUGAAGGCCAUUGAAGAGAGCACUCAAGCACACAAGGACAAGUUAUCAAAUGAAGAAGUUACUGCAAGAAACGAGGAUAGUACAAAGAAUAACAUCGAAGGCAAAUACAAUGAAGACAAUAGGCAAAUAUCAAAUGAAGAGAGUAAAUUUGAAGAUAAGAACAACGAACAAAGCAUACAUUAUUCAAAAGUGGGAGUCAAAGGUGAUGUGGAGAAUAAUUUUCAGAACAAUGAUAUUGAGAUGAUAGCUUAA